AUGUCUUCGACUUCGCUGAUGCCCGCCGCCGCUGAUGCGAACACAACUUCACGGCCACGCAACCGAAAAGCUGCCAACAGCAGCGUCCGCGAUCGUAACGCAGCCACUACCACCCGUCUGAGUCCCGGUGCCACUCCGGUACAAAGUCGUGGUGUCAGUCCGAUACCGUCUGCCCGUAUAGGAAGUUCCAGGCCGGCGAAUAGUGGGCGCUCCACCCCCGGUAAUGCGGCGUUCAGUAAAGGCCUGCUGGAAGGCGCAUGGACACCAAAUUGGACAGCGGUACAGGAUUUCGCAUCCUCAUUGAUAGCCGGUGGAGAAAGCGGCUACAAUAGUGAUAUUUCACAGCCGAACAGUAGGAGCGCGAGUAAAUCACGAUCAAGAGUAUCCUUGUGGAAUGCCUUUGGCGGUGGUGGAAGCAGCAACGACAGAAAGCUUCCCGAAAGCUGGGGACCGUCCCCACCAACAAAAUCGUCGAGACCCAGGGCAGGCGAUAUUGCUGCAGGCUCGGUAGAAGAGCGAGAGGCUGCGCUUCGGGCUAUGAGGACAGCUAGUGUGCUUGAGAGUUACGAGGGUGUCAAUGGAGGUCUCGAUGUGGCAGGGAAGUACAAAAGGAGAAAUUCUGAUGAGGGGGUUUCGGGGACCGCCAGCAAGCCACCCGUUGAGGAGCAGCUGGCCUACCUACACCAUGUUCAACCGAAUGAUACAUAUGCCGGAGUGGUGCUUCGAUACCGGUGUCAGGAGCAGGCCUUUAGAAAAGCUAACGGUCUAUGGUCGCGGGACAAUAUACAGGUGCGCAAGCACUUGAUGAUUCCCGUAGACGCUUGCGAGUCUAAAGGCCGACCUUGUGAUCCGCCAAACGUCUAUUCCCACCAGGUAGACCACUUAGCAACGACACCCCAGCCUGAAAGUUUUCUCCAACGGGCACCGGGAAGCUCGCACCAGCCGGCUUUGCAUGACGAUUUUUUUACUUCGCGCAAUGGCAAAGCACAGUCUCUCCCAGAAGAAGAAGAACAGCCUUGGGCCCACGUCCGAUGGGUGAAACUCGACUCGGUCCAGCACCCAGUCGAGAUCGUGAGAGUAUCACGAAAAGCCAUGGGUUUUUUUCCGCCAAGAAGGAAGAAGAGUAUUCACACAAUCUCGACGUUCUCAAGCCCACGCCAAUCCCUCGACCUCUCACGUGGUAUAUCUGCAAUCCCCACCGAGCAUGGUUUAGACAGUCCAGGGCGCAUGCCAACUCGGCGACAAAGCUCUGUGAGUGGUCGCCCAGUCGUAGGGAGUCUGGGAGCAUCGCCUUCUGUGGGCAGAAGUAGAGGCAGUAGCGUCAGUCAGACCGACAACGUACCGGCCUGGAUGAAACGGCCGGGUGGCGUGGGAUCCAUGAGUAGAAGUGUCAAGGCGCCGGGGCCAGCUAAGGACUACUUCAACACUUGGGCGAAUAAGCGCUUACCAAAAGGGUUCAACAUUGAUUCCAUGCCAUCAAUGUCGGUCAUGGGGUCUGAGUCGGCACAUUGGGGUUUCACCAGCAAAACCGACGAGGGCGCGCCUUCUGGCAUUGUGGAAAGCCCAUUCGAGGAUGGUAGAGACUCGGUGCUUGUGGCCAACAAGCAAGGCAUUGGCCUCGAACAAGCUGCAGCAACCGUCGAGAACUGGUUGCGUGGCGCGUGGUCAAAACGUCCUGCGACACCAAGACUCGGGUCGACCCGAAGACUUGGGGACGAAUUGGAUCUCAUCGAGUUGACAGACACUAAUAGUGACGAUGGAAGACCAAGGACACCUCUACGAAUGCCAGGGGAGAACCCGUCAAAAUCGGGUUAUUUCGGCUCGACUGCGCUUACUGAAGGGGAGAGCAGCAAUCCUCUGGGAGGAAUUAUGCCAAUCUGCAUCGAGUGCCGCCACCCGGUCAAGACGCUAUGGACGCAGUACUCGGGCGCGGGCGACCCCUCGAGCGGUCACAAUAUCAGGUUGACUGUGUGCAAGAACUGCGGGCGCUUCUGCGAUAAAUAUGUCGAGCAUGAUUUCGUCGUCUUGUUUAUUGACCUGGUCUUGAUCAAGCCGCAGGUAUACCGCCAUCUACUCCACAACACGCUGAUGCGGGACCACGACCAGUUCGACCCUUCGAUCGUUCGCCUGGGCACGCUGCUCCUCCUGUUCGACGUCUACCUGACCUGGGCGCGCAUCGAGAAGCAGUCCACCCCGGCCCCGGGGAGCCACAGUAACCUGGGCAGCCUGUCGCAGCAGCCGAUCGUGUUCCAGUACCUGUUCUUCCUCAUCCUGUGCACGUUCUCGACGCUCGCCUUCCACCUCUCGAUCCGGUUCCUGACGUCGUCGCCCUUCUCGCCGCUGAACCACCUGGGUCUCAUGAGGACCUAUUCGCGGCCGAAUUCCGUGUCCACGGCGCUGCUUGUCAGUUCUUCGACGAAGCUGUUCCCGAUACUCAUGGUCAUAUGGGACUACGACGUACCGGCCGCCGCUAGAAGCUUGGGCUGGGCAGUGGUGCUGAAUAAUGUAGAGGCGCUGAAGAUACUCCUAGAUUGUGGCUAUCCCGCAGCUUUGGUACUGGCCGCCGCCGGGGCUGUGAGCAGGUGGGUGGUAGGCCGGAUGAUCCUGUGGAUGGUCGGCCUGGAGGGCGUGGACGGGGUCGGCGAGAGUGGCGUUGCGGCCGACGGUCGAGCGCUAUGGGCUGCGGUGCUCUAUAUUAGAGAUUGGGCAAGUAGUCUGGCGGUUGGGUGA